CUUCCCAGCUCACAGCUCUUUCAGCUGGGAGGUGUGCGCUGCGCAACGUAUGGCCAGGAGUACCAGCCAUCUCAAAGGAAAAGAAAGAGGAAACACGGCUUCUUGGCUAGGAUCAAGACAAAGAAUGGAAGGAAGAUGCUGGCGAGGAGGAGGCUUCAGGGAAGGAGAUUCCUCAGUCACUAA